GUGGGACCAGUGUGGGUGGGUGGGCCUGGCAGAGGCGGGUCUAUGAGGGGCUCACCAUCUGCCCUGCUUACACACAUUUCAGCAGAACACGAGGUGGAAGUGGUGUGAGGGACCUCCAGAAGCCACCAUGCCAGCAGGAGCCCCCAACAUGCCCUCCAGCCUGCUCAGCCCCUUCCCUGAGCUGGACACUGACCUCUCCAAGGAUUUUGUAUCCCUGCUGGCGGGGGUAAGUUUGAAAAGUCCUAGAAGGGAGCAGUCAAGCACGCACACCUCCUGUCCCGUCAACCUCAACGAAAACUUAAAGAGCAAAGAACAGUUGACAGAUUCUCAAAUAUGGUCUGUGAAAAGCCCAUGGAGCCGGGAUUCGGACCUGCCCAAUUCAAACGCCCUGAGACUCAUCCCUUUCCAAGCAGACAGAUCCGUCAGCAUGAUCGAGGAAAGUAAAAAAUCUCCACCCUCUUCCAGACAAUCUUCCACCCGCUACAAGACUGAGCUGUGCCGCACUUUUCAUGAAAGCGGUUCUUGCAAAUACGGAGCGAAGUGUCAGUUUGCUCAUGGGACUGGGGAACUUCGGGGCUUGACCCGUCAUCCCAAAUACAAGACUGAGUUGUGCAGAACCUAUCACACCGUCGGCUUCUGUCCAUAUGGAUCCCGUUGUCACUUUAUCCACAAUGCUGAGGAACAGAGGUUCAGCAAUAGCAAUAAGGCGGCACGUCCUCUACUAAGACACAGUAUCAGCUGCUCUGGAAUACCAUCCUCCUCCUCUUCAUCUUCUUCAUCUUCGCUCUCCUUUUUAUCCUCUUCCCUUGCCUCUUCACUCACUUCCUUAUCCCCCUUCUCUCCCAGUAGCCCACUGACCCCAAUUUCCAAUCCCUUUGCUGGUGUUAGUUCUGGUUCCUCAGCCUCCUCUCCUGUCACGUUGGGUCUACCGUUAUUUGGGGCAGUGUCUCCACCUAAAUCAAGUGUGGCGAACCCUUUGGUCAGUAGCCUUCAGCUGCCGCUUGCUUCCUGGGAACAGGGGGAACCUAAGAGGGUGGAUAAGUGGGAUUCCCUACCACAGAAUGAGGGUGAAGAAGAGUCUCCUCAGGAAGCAAAGCGUCUUCCGAUUUUCAGCUUUCUCGCAGACUAAAUGGCCUUGUAGUUGUCCUAAACUCCAUUUGUUCUCACCUUUGACUGUCUAUUAGUAUUGAGCUCUCGAGAGCAGCAGCUGGGUUUAUAUUUGGGUUUCUCGUCUACAUUGAACAUGUACUAUUACUAUGGCUUACUUAUCGUCUACAUAUGAUAGGACAAGUCUUGGUUCGAAUGUCAUUUUUAGAAUCUUCUUGUAACCUCUAAGGGGAAUUGGGAUUUUGUUUAGCUGAGACUAAGUGCCUACCGAUAAAAAUGGGUUUUUAAGUUCUGUAGUGUAAAAGUAUUAGACGUUCAGUGAGUUGUCCGAUGGCCACAGUUUUAAGGUAUUAUGCAUUCCAAAUGAUCUUAUGGGUUAUAUUAACAUUUUAUGGGGGAGGUAGGUCAAAUACAAGUGUGGGGAGGGGGUUCUCCCCUCAGGUCUUCCAUAUUUGCUACAUUCUAGAAGAUUCAUCAAGAAUGACUGGUGGUUUCCAAUAGUUGGCCAUCUUAUGAAAUGUUUACAAGGAUCAAACCACCACUUUUAUAAACUGUAUUUGGCUUCUUAGGUGACUCCAUGUAACUCCUCCAUGGAACCUUUUACGAUUUCUAAUACUUUGGAGGUUAGUUCCCAAGAGCUUCUUUUCUUUCAACCUCCUUCGUGUAGUCAACACUUGCCUGUAAGUUUGGUUGGUUUAGAUUGUGAGCCCAUCAUUGUGGUCCUUGUAGUAGACCAUGUGCCUCCCACCCCCCAAUUUAUUUUAUUAUAAUUGUGAGGAAUUCCCAAUGUAGUUGUAAAAUGUAAUCAUGUGGCCCAAUCCUUAUCUUCUACUUGUUUUACAUUUGCCUCGGGCAGAUUGGUUGUGUUUUCUAUGAGAAAACCUAGUAUAGGUUACUUAUCCUCCAUAGUAUAGUCUAUGCUUCUAGUGCUGCUGUACAUUACCAGUCUUAGACGGUUGUCGUCUUUUGUGUUUUUUUUUUUUUUAGAAAUUUAAAACUGAAAUUCAGUAACAAUUUAUGUGCGAUGAACCAAAAAACCUUUUUAAUCUUUGUUGUCGUUUUUUUUGUUGCCUGUUCUAUUUUUAAUUUUAUGUAGUUAGUAUUUAAAGUCUAAGUUUAUCUUCCGUUUUUACGCAUCAAUCUGUCAGUCUGUAUCUAUAUACCCCUUGAGGGAGAUUUAUCAAAACCGGUAAAGUUGCUGAGUUGCCCAUAGCAACCAAUCAGAUCGCGUCUUACAUUUUUCAGAGGCCUUUUCAAAACUGAAAGUAGUGAUCUGAUUGGUUGCUAUGGGCAACUCAGCAACUUGUCAUCUGGACAGGUUUUGAUAAAUCUCCCCCCUUGUGUCUAUAUUAGUCAUGGUUGUGGUGUUGGACAGUCAUCAUGGAGCCGAGGCUUGCCUAAAUCCUUACUAUCCAGGGCUCAUGUAGUGCUCAAACUUUAGAAAGGACUGUGUAAACAUACCGCUACACGUCUUCAAGACCAUGCUUUGUGUACUUAGUAGAGCCUACUUGAAAGAUGGUGGUCCAGGUCCAUCUGUACUAACGGAGCUUGUGUUGGGAAUGUUCUCCAAAAUCUGGGCAGUACCCAAGGAACUUAAGUGUAUUACACAAAAACUCAAGAAAUCCCCAACUUGGCCACGUCUUAAAGGGGUACUCCAGUGGAAAACAAUCUAUUUCAAAUCUACUGGUGCCAGAAAGUUAAACAGAUUUGUAAAUGACUUCUAUUUAAAAAUCUUAGUCCUUCCGGUACUUAUCAGCUGCUGUAUGCUCCACAGGAAGUUGUA